AUGGCUCGAAUAUCUAACCUCGUCGCCGGCGCUUUGCUGCUAGUCAGCACCGCCGCGGCAGGUGAGCUCCAUACGCCUAAACAUGAAGCUGGACGUUGCGCCAUACGAGGCCACUGCGGAAAGAAGAGCUUCUUCGGAAAACAGGUGCCCUGCGUUGAUAACGGACUAGCUACGACUCCUGACCCGGAGUUUUCCAAAGAAAUCGAAUCUCUAUGCGGUCCCAAAUGGAAAGACAGCAAGGUCUGCUGCAGUGCUGACCAGCUCCAAGCGCUCAAGUCCGAAAUGUCCACUCCAAACCAGAUUAUCGGCUCCUGUCCUGCGUGCAAGGACAACUUCUACAACUUGUUCUGCACCUUUACCUGUUCUCCCGAUCAAUCCUUGUUUAUCAACGUGACCAAGACGCUCGAGAAGAACGGGAAAACUAUGGCCGCCGAGGUGGACCAGCUGGUGUCUAAAGAGUAUGGUGAAGGCUUCUAUGAUAGCUGCAAAGAGGUCAAGUUUGGCGCCUCGAAUUCCAAGGCUAUAGACUUCAUCGGCGGUGGCGCGAAGAACUAUACCCAGUUACUGAAGUUUCUGGGCGAUGAGAAGGCUAUUGGGUCACCUUUCCAGAUCAACUUCCCCACCGAGUAUUCCGAGCCAAGCAUGUCACCGAGGGAGAUGAAACCGAAGAAGUGCAACGACGAAGAUCCGAAUUUCCGAUGUUCGUGUGUCGAUUGCCCUGCCGUAUGUCCGGAACUUCCGGACGUAGAGCAAUCGGGAUCUUGUCGAGUCGGUGUCCUUCCCUGCUUGUCGUUCGCUUCGAUAUUCACUUAUGGCGUGCUACUGUUUACACUCAUCGCCGCACUAGUCGGUCACGUUGCUUGGAUGAAGCAUGCGCAGCGGCGAAGCGAACGUCUCCAUUUACUUCAAGCUGCUGAACCUAGCGAUGAUGAAGACGAGGGCGACCUUGUUCGUAACGGGGCCAUGUUGGAUCGGCCCCAGAGGAAUUACGCCAUCAACACUUGGUGUGAUACCGCCUUUAGCAAGCUAGGUCAUCUUUGCGCAAGGUUCCCAGGUAUUACGAUAUUUAGCAGUCUACUAGUGGUCAUCGUCCUCAGUCUUGGCUGGAUCAAAUUCGCAGUGGAAAGGGAACCAGCAAGGUUAUGGGUCAGCCCAGACUCGGCGGCAGCUCAGGAAAAGGCAUUCUUCGACGAAAACUUUGGCGCAUUUUAUCGCGCACAGAAGGUCUUUGUAGUGAACGACACUCAGGCAUCCGGCCCUGGACCAGUACUCAGCUAUGAAACAUUAACGUGGUGGUCAGAAGUUGAGGCAAGUGUCAAACAACUCAAGGGCAAAGACUUUGGUACCACUUUUCAAGACGUGUGCUUAAAGCCAACUGGCCCUGCUUGUGUUGUGCAGUCGCCGACUAUCUAUUUCGACGGCACAAAGAAUUGGAAAUCCCAAUUCAGAGAAUGUGCCGAGUCUCCUGUUAACUGCCGACCCGAUUUUGGACAACCAAUAGAGCCAAAUAUGAUUGUAGGUGGCUACGAUGGCAUCGAGAAUAUUACCGAGGCACGUGCCUUCACUGUGACUUGGGUUGUCAACAAUCACCCUGAGGGUAGCUCUGAACUUUCUCAUGCUAUGGAUUGGGAACAGUCCUUGAAGAACCGACUCCUAGAAGCUCAAAAAGAAGCGGCGGAUCGCGGAUUACGCCUUUCCUUCUCUACGGAGGUCAGUUUAGAGGAAGAACUAAACAAAUCUACUAACUCGGAUGCGACAAUUAUCGUUAUCAGUUAUCUUGUAAUGUUUUUAUACGCUUCGAUUGCCCUGGGUUCGAGCAGUAUGACUAUUCGCGAGCUGAUAAGGAACCCAGCUGUGGCCUUAGUCCAAAGCAAGUUCACGCUCGGCCUCGUUGGCAUCUUAAUCGUCUUGAUGUCUAUCACCUCUUCAAUCGGUCUAUUCUCGUGGGCGGGUGUUAAGGCCACACUCAUCAUCGCCGAAGUCAUCCCCUUCAUCGUCUUGGCUGUCGGAGUAGACAAUAUCUUCUUAAUUGUUCAUGAGUUCGAGCGUGUCAACCUAAGCCACCCAGACGCAAUGGUUGAAGAGAGGAUAGCUAGGGCACUUGGGCGGAUGGGCCCUUCUAUCCUCUUUUCAGGCAUUACAGAAACGGUCUCUUUUGCUCUCGGUGCGUUCGUUGGAAUGCCCGCUGUGCGAAACUUUGCCAUCUACGCUGCAGGUGCGGUAUUCAUCAACGCUUUACUCCAGAUGACGCUCUUUAUAUCUAUAUUGUCCUAUAACCAGAUGAGGACCGAAGACAACAGAGCGGAUUGCUUCCCUUGUGUUCAGGUCAAGGCAGCCCGCGUUCAUCUCAGCAGCAGUAACGGCUCCAACGGCCCUCGCCCGUACGAUGUACCGGACGAGAGUUGGUUACAACAAUUUAUUCGAAAGUAUUACGCGCCUACCUUACUCGGUAAGAAGGUCAAAGUUCUCGUCGUCGCCAUUUUCCUCGGUCUGCUUGCUGCAGGUGUUGCUUUAAUUCCAUAUAUUCAGCUUGGAUUGGACCAGCGAGUCGCUCUACCCGACGAUUCUUAUCUCAUUGAUUACUUCAAUGACAUGUACAAUUACCUAGAUACCGGCCCGCCCGUUUACUUUCUAUCACUCACAAAUGUGCUCGAACAGGAGCGGAAGCGACCCGACGUGUCUUAUAUAUCUUCCCCGACGGCCAGUUGGCUUGACGAUUUCUUCCUCUGGUUGAAUCCCGACUUUGAGAGCUGCUGCAAGGAUGGCCGCCAGUCCUGCUUUGCCAAUCGGGAUCCAGCCUGGAACAUUACCCUCAACGGUAUGCCUGAAGGUGAUGAGUUCGUCCAUUACCUGCAAGAAUGGUUACAUUCCCCCACUACCGACACGUGCCCCCUAGCUGGCCAGGCUUCCUAUAGCCAGGCUGUUGUCUUGGACGAUGAAAAGCUUACUAUUCCUGCGAGUCAUUUCCGCACGAUGCACAAGCCUCUUCGUAGCCAAGAGGACUUCAUCAACGCUUACGCGUCGGCUCGUCGUAUUGCAAAUGAAGUCAGCGCAAAUACGGGAGUCGAAAUAUUUCCCUACAGCGUCUUUUACGUCUUCUUCGACCAGUACGCUAGUAUCGUCAACUUAACCGCCGCACUCCUUGGCUCUGCGGUGGCUAUUAUAUUCGUCGUUGCCUCUAUCCUCCUGGGUUCGAUCGUGACGGCCCUUGUUGUCACCCUGACCGUCGUUAUGACUGUCGUGGAUAUCAUUGGCGCGAUGGCAGCCUUCAACGUCUCGCUCAACGCCGUUUCGCUCGUAAACUUGAUCAUCUGCGUCGGUAUCGCUGUCGAGUUCUGCGCCCAUAUCGCCCGCGCCUUCAUGUUCCCCUCUGGAUCCGUCAUGGAACGUGCUAAGAACCGUUUCCGCGGCCGCGACGCCCGAGCCUGGACGGCCCUCGUCAAUGUCGGCGGGUCGGUCUUUAGCGGCAUCACGAUUACAAAACUGCUAGGCGUCUGCGUUCUAGCCUUUACUCGAUCCAAGAUCUUCGAGAUCUACUACUUCCGGGUAUGGCUCGCGCUCGUCGUGUUCGCGGCUACGCACGCCCUUAUCUUCUUACCAGUCGCCCUUUCGCUAGUCGGCGGCGAGGGCUACGUCGACCCGGAGAGUGAGGGAGGCCUCGCGGAAGACUUGGCGAGCAGACGGUGGUACAGCGUAAUUAACAACCCGGACGACAGUGACUCUGACGAUGGCGAGGAUGAUGAGUAA